AUGCCGCCGUCGGUAUAUGCAUUGAUGCGCCCUGAAAAUCGCUAUAAAUAUUGGCGAUAAGUUUACCACUACACAUUGUGGAACUGUGGUUGUGACUGUGCACUUGUGAUAUUAUUGAAAUCAACAGAUGCUGACCAUGAUUGCCAAAUACCUGAUACUCCUCUCAAUAGCAUCGCUAUGCUUCUGCCAAAGGCCUUUCUACGCAGGGAAAAGACCAAUUGGGUUCCCUGAAAUUAUAACCGAUGGAAACGCCAACAAUAUCGGAUCAAGCGAAACCAAGCCUAGCCAUGAAAAGCCAAGCUACGAAAGACCAAGUCUCCCACCACAACUGAAGGGUGAUCAAGGGUAUGCCGACAUACUCAGCCAUCAGACGUUGGAUCACCAGCCGUUUUGGUUCAUAAAUAAGCAGCAGUACGACGAGUUUAGAAAACAUCCGAAAACUUACCCACAGAGGCCUAGCUAUUUCAAUGAUCAUAUUCCAGUGAAACAUUAUAGUUAAAUCUUUAGAAAGUGUUAUAAAAAUGCUUGUAAAUAACAUUCCUUUAUUGUAUUUUAGAGGCUCUAGAAUUCCAGCUCGUUUAUACGAAAACUGACAAACACAUUGUAGAGAAAUUUUGUUACAACUAUUGUUAUUUUGUUAAAAUAAAUAAAUUAUUUUUUAUGAUCCGUAAAAAAAUUGUAAAUUAAAUUAAUUAGCCUUCGCCGCGCCCCUACACUGUUCAUUUGAUUUGAUAAGUUAAAAUGAAAAAUAAUAUAAUUUUUCAUUAAAAAAACAAAAAAUACUGCCUCAGGCGGGAAAUGAACCCUCGGUCUUUCAUUUGCCAGGCCACUUUGAUCAUGAGUACUGAAAGGUCAUACGUGUCCAAAACACACAUUAAAAGUCCAUAGACAACACGGAUGAACACGUUCGGGCCCCGAUUCUAAGGCUGGGUUGCACCAUCUUACUUUAACUUUGAAAAACGUCAAAAAUCUGUCAAAUUCCAUACAAAAAGCACCGGUUAUCGUCA